AUGACACUGGAGAGGUUUGACACAACACUCAAGCUACCAUGGGAUCUUCUAGGCUUCAAACUUGGACUAGGAUUAAAUGCUCUCACCGGUGGUAUUGCCGCCAACCCUUUCAGAACAGUUACCGAACCAGCCAAAAGCUCAAAAAUCGAAAGGUCAGCAUCUAAAAUCACUGCUGCGGAGGAAACCAUCACGUCCUUGCAGAAGAAGCGGAUCAGCUCCUCUGGGACCGUCAACGUCGUCCUCCCAGUAGCGGCACCUAUUACGGGCGUGUCGAUCGAUGCGGGAAUUGCGCUGGAAAAAUCAAAGGGAUCUUCUGAGCGUACGGUCGUUUUCCGACAUAGGGCGGAGGGCCUGUUUGAACCCGAGCAGCUGGAUCUGACGAAGUUGCAGCUCCGGGGGAGUGCAGAAACUAUAUUGCAGGCAAAGAACUAUGUCAAGUUUCGCGAGCGGUAUGGGGACUACUUUGUCGCGGGAGUGCAGAGGUUCUACUCGUUUGAUGUGAUCAUGGUGUGCAAAGCGAGCAACACUGAGAACAUGAAGGACUUUAAAUCCCGUGCCCGCACCUCGCUCGAUAAGCUGUUUUCUGCAAAGACAGAGUUAGAUAUCUCGAAGAAGUCCUCUGAAUACGACUUUGUGGCUUCAGUCGAUUUUGAACAAACGGGGUGCGAUUUUGAACUCGUGCAGGAUCUGACAACGUUGGGAAAGCUUGCAGCUGCAUUGGAGUUCACACAGAAACUCAAGAAGGCUAAAACGAAGCCAACGGGGACCCCACGGAUAGCGCUGCUUCGGCAUUACAGCGUGGUGCCCUCUGUAGAUAUUGAAAACAAGCUUCCAGUUGCCAGAACAAUCUUCUCCGACCUUCAUCAGGCAGAGGAACUCUGCGUGAAAAUCGACAACCUCGCAGCCCAGUGUUCACACCCCGACUUCGAAGCUUACCGACAGACCGUCGCAGACGCACAGAAACACGUAACCAACUUCAGACGCGACCGCACGCAUAUGGGGCAGGACACUGUCGCGCGUGAAACCGCCCUGCGGCGUCUCAAACGGUCCAAAGGGGAGCUGAAUGACCUGCUGAACCGGUACAGCUUCCUGCGCAAGGUCGUGGAGUGGAAGAAGAAGAACCCGUUUGAGGAUGAUCAGAUUAGUAUGGACCGGGGGACGACCUAUGAUCGGAAGGAGUUUGGGAUGACGGAGACGCGGGAGUCUAGUAGACAGGACCCGUCGAGCAAAUCGCGCCGUGUCACGCUUGAGAACGGGACUAUAUCUGGUUUUCAGAGAGUUAUGGACUGUACGCCGGCUAGAAAGAAGGGCAUCAUUGAAGGGCUUAGAGGAAAGCGGGAAGAGGAGAUAGGACUAGCCAAAAAAUCACACGCCGAAGAAGGGAAGAGCGAGACGAUUCAGUUUGAGAAAGAGUCCUUCUACAUUGUUGGCUGGGUUGCGAGCGUUGACAGCGAGGAAACGGGUUACAAAUAUGCAGAGAUCAAGAGUGGUGGGAUUUUAAAGGAGAAUCUUAACCUUGAUCUCGUAUCUUAUGUUGAUACAACCUGGCAUAUUAGGAUAGUUUUUGUUCGUAAAAAGUACUACGACUUCCCUUCACUUCUUCAAUAA